GAGGCUCUCCUCGCAGAGGCCUUCCUGGCAGAUGCGCUCGCAUGGCCUGCCGCCGACAAGGAGGUCUGCCAGCCCUCCAAGGAGGAAUGGGCCGAGGCGACCCCCGCGAUCGCGCAGGCGGUCUCCCACGAGCCGUCGCCGCUGUCGCAGGUCCACAGUGCGGGCGCCGGCCCGGUGUGGCACCUGAGACCGUCGGUUGGGACCUGGCUUCACGUCAAGGUGCGCCCGCUGGCGCUGGCCCCGGCGGCAGUUUGCCCACCCUGCGAGGAGCCAGCCGCGGCCGCCACGCCCAGUGCGGCCCGGGACGCCGCGCGCGGGGCCUCGCCUCCGGAGGCGGGCGUCGCCACCACGACUGGCGCGGCGAGCGGCUGGGGCGGCGGGGUGUCGGGCGUGGAGGUCAGCUACGGGCUGGAGCCUCCCGUGUCCUGGCAGGAGGAGGCUCCUAUGGCGACCCCUGCGGGCAGCCCCGACGCGGGUUCCCGCACCACCACCACGACCACGCUCGCGGACGGAACCACGACCGCCUCGGUGGUCCCCAGGCGCAUCAUCAGCAUGUGA